UACGAAGGGUCCCCUCUGUGAAAUCCGUCCGGUACAUCCAAUAGCUUACCGGAAGAACCUCACAUUCCUCUCACCCUCACACUGCCCGCGCGCCUCGGAUUUUCCCUGUGCUGACUCCGCUUCCGCCCACAGCUCCGCGUUACGGGACAAACGACAAGGCCCGGCAAAAGAAAAGUGUAAAACGAUAGAAAGGAAGAUCUCCUUCCUGCCUUCCUGCCUCCCGGUCUUCUCCUUCCUCCGAUCCCCCACAACCUUCUCUUCUCUGCUUCUCCUACUCCUCCAGUCCUCCCUCGCCUCAGUACCCACUUCCCUUGCGUCGUCCCAGCCACACAAACACCGGAAAAACACUUCUCGUCUCCAUUGCAGCAUUCUACAGCAAAUCUACGUCCUGGAGUUCGUCGACAUUUCCCUCUCCGUCCUCGCGCCAACCUCACCGAACGCCAUAAUGGGAGGCGACGAACAGGAGUAGUAGGUACACUCGACCUUCGAAGGAGGGGCUGUGUGCGUCCCUUGCGGUUUUGGGCCGCCCGCGCCGCGAUGGGGUGCAAGGGGUCCAAGCUGGACAGCCAGGAGGCGGUGGCGCUGUGCCGUGGCCGCGCCGACCUCAUCGCGGCCGCCGUGCGGCACCGCUACGCGCUCGCUGAGGCGCACGGCGCGCUCGCGGGAUCCUUGGAGUCCCUCGCCACGCCGCUGUACAUCCUCCUCCACCUCCAGGCCUCCUCCUCGCCGCGGCUCGCGCUGCCUCCGGAGCGCAAGGGCGCCGGCGCCGGCGGUCUGCAUCUGCCCUCUUCCUCGUCGCCUCCGGACUGCCAUUCCUCGCAGGCGCAGCAGCACAUCGACUUCGACUCCUCCUCCUCCGGAUCCGAGUCCGCCUCGCCGGCCGGGUCGCCCCCCCGCGGCGUCUUCCACUUCCAGGAGCAGCCCCAAUACCCGAAUUACGCGUACGGAUACGCGCCCGAGCCGCCGCCCGCGUUCGCUUACCAGGCGGUGGCCCCCGCGAGCACGCUGCAGUUCUACUACGCGCGCAGCCGCCCGCCUCCGGCGUCGGUCGCCGUCGCGCAGCGCGCGCAGGGGACGGAGCGCGUGUACUACGGCUCGUACGACGCGGCAGGCGGCGGCGGCGGCCAGUACCCGCAGUAUCACGACGCCUACGGCGGUGAGCCGGCCGCGGCGCAUGCGGCGCCGCUGAGAGCAGCGGCGCCUCCGCCUCCGCCGGCCAGGGAGAGCUCGUGGGACUUCCUAAACGUGUUCGACAUCGAGAACCACGAGCCGUACGAUAGCCACUACUACUACAACCCCGCCGCCACAGCGGCUGCGUACACGCCGAGCCGAAGCUCACGGGAGGUGCGGGAGGAGGAAGGCAUCCCGGAGCUGGAGGAGGACGACGGGGAGAGCUUGGUUGUCAAGGAGAUGGCUAGCGAACACUCAAUGUCAAUGGCUCGGAGGAGCGGCGGCGGCCGAAGCCAUCGUAGCUCGGCCGGUGUCGUCAACAGUAUCGCCGAGCUCGACAGGCCGCGGAAUGGAGGCUGCGUACGACGGAGGCCACCGGCGUACCGUGAUGUCGCCCCAGUGACACCAGAGCCGCCUCCGGCCAGGGUCGUCGGCAAUGCUGCGGUGGAUGCUGCUAGCGCGGUUAAGACGCAGCUUAUUCGCGCGGCGGAGGCGGCAAGGGAGCUCGCGCCGCUGCUAGAGGUCGGGAAGCCGAGCUACCAGGGACGUAACUCGGUUUACCACGAAGCUUCAUCAAGGGUGAUGUCUGCAAUCUCUGUGUCGCAUCUGGGCUGUAAAGACGUGGACAUGUUGGGCAUGGGAGUUGGUGGAGAAUGGAAAGGGGUGGGCUCGUGGAGCUUAUCCUUGACACUGGAGAAGCUAUAUUUCUGGGAGAAGAAGCUGUAUGGUGAGGUCAAGGCUGAGGAGAAAAUGCGCUUACUUCUUGCCAAGAAUUCUAGGCGACUGAAGCUUUUAGAUCAAAGGGGUGCUGAAGCUCAUAAGAUUGAUGCAACUCGAAAUUUGCUCCGGAAGCUGUCAACAAAGAUAAGAAUAGCUGUGCGUGUCAUUGCCAAGGUUUCAAGGAAGAUUAACAGAGUGAGGGACGAGGAAUUAGGCCCACAAGUUAAUACAUUGACCCAAGGGUUUGCAAAAAUGUGGCAAGAUAAGUUACAUUGCUACCAAAUACAACUUCAAGUGAUAUCAAAAGCGAAGAACUUGGCUUCCGUUGUAUCAGGUGGAAACGGACGUGAUUUGGCAAUGGAACUUGAACUUGAACUAAUUAAAUGGAUCAUCAAUUUUUCCUCUUGGGUGAGUGCACACAGGAACUUUGUAAAGGCACUGAAUGGAUGGCUAUCACUCUGUCUCAACUAUGAGCCGCAGGAGACAGCUCCCCUACACUCGCCUGGGAGAAUAGGGGCUCCAUUGAUUUUUGUCAUCUGCAACAAAUGGUCUCAAGCUAUGGAUAAGAUUUCUGAGAAGGAUGUGGUUAAUGCAAUGCACGCUCUUGUGUCUAGCGUGCGCCAUCUGUGGGAGCAACAGAAUCUUGAGCAAGGUGAGAAAAUCGUUGCAGUUCGAGAAAGGGAGAAAUGGACCAAGUUGUUGGAAAGAAAGGCACUGGAUCUUAAUAAGGAAGCAGAUGAAUUAAACAGAAAGCUGGCCCUAGUGCCGGGCCGACAGGGUUUUCAACGUUCUUCGACCAUACGGACAUAUGAGGCGCAUUGCAUCGAAGCAAGCAGCGUGCACAUAAAUUUGAGAUUGGUCCUUCAAGCUCUGGAGAACUUUGCUGCCAAUUCCCUGCAAGCCUUCCAGGAGAUAAUAAGACGAGCUCAAGAGGCAGCAAGCUUGUCAAGGGAGAACGUGAGAACAACGUAACUAGAAGAGAAGUUAGAAUAGCAUAUCUUAUGAAGACUCUGUAGUUUCACGAUUAUUGUGGCCUGUUGGCGUUUUGGUGGCAGGUUCGGUGAUACCGAUAUCCUCGUGUAAUUAACUUUUGUUUCGCUGAAACGUUUGUGGGCUGCAUUCGUGUAAGUAGGUCUAUGGUGGUUUCUUCUUUUUCUAAUGAAAGGUUGGAACCAUGGUGCUCGAGCCCUGUUAAUUUCAAAAAUGUCAACA